GAGGAGUGGAAAGGAGAGAAAGGAAAAAGAGAAAAAGGAAGGUAAUCGUGCUUCCUCAUCCAGAUGCGUCACGAUUUCGAAUCAGACUCGAAAGAGAGAUAGACGGUGUUGGUCACCGGGUAUAUGAGAGAGCGCUAGGGGAACACGUCAGCUCAACCUGCACUGCACGAACCUUGCUUUUGACAUCGGCGGAGUGUGCGUGCCAGUGGAAAGGUAAGAUGGCGGCGGACGGAGAUCUGAUCCCCGAUCAAGAAAAAGUACGAAUAGUUUCGGAUUUUAUACUUCACUCACCACCGGGCGAGUUCAACGAGGUUUUCAACGAUGUCAGGGUCUUGUUGAACAACGACAACCUGUUGAAAGAAGGCGCGUCCGGGGCAUUCGCUCAAUACAACAAGGAUCAGCUCACGCCUGUUAAGAUAGAGGGAAGCGAGUAUCCAGCACUAAUAACAGAACAUAACGACUUGGGGGGCCAAAGGUUUUAUGAUUUGCGUAGUAAGCAAAGUUUUAAGUAUGAUCACCUAAGAAAAGAAGCACAGGAUUAUGAAUCCUAUGAACCAGAUUCUGUAGCCGAACCUUGGAGGUCGGUUUUACAAGAUGAGAUAACGACUUAUACCCAGAAUCACUAUAGACAUGGUGCGUCUGCAGUUUUUGGAAGAAGCCAAGGAGGUAAUAUAACGCUGACUGCGUGUAUAGAAGAUCAUCAAUUUCAACCUAAAAAUUUUUGGAAUGGUCGUUGGCGUUCUGUAUGGACUGUAAGUUUCAGUCCAAGUUCUGGAAGUGCAGAAUUAAGAGGUAGCCUUAAAGUACAAGUUCAUUAUUAUGAAGAUGGAAAUGUACAAUUGGUCAGUAGCAAAGAAGUAAGAGAAAGCUUAUCGAUCUCGAAUGAAAAACAAACUGCCAAGGAGUUGAUCCGACUAGUUGAGGAUUCAGAAAAUGACUAUCAAACUGCAAUUUCGGAAAAUUAUCAAACAAUGUCUGACACAACCUUCAAGGCCUUGCGAAGGCAAUUACCUGUUAUGCGAACGAAAAUUGACUGGAACAAAAUUGUAUCGUACAGUAUUGGCAAAGAGCUUAAAAGUCAAUAGAAAUAGAUUUUUUUAUAUAAUAUUAAGAGAAAUAAUUGAAAAGCGCAUUUUGCUGCAUGGGUGAAGUCUGGAGGUGUGAUGUGCGCGGGGGCAAAUACAAUAGUAUGAAACAAUAUUCUGUUAGAUAUAUUUGACUGAAACUCAUGCAUGCUGCUCAAGGUUCCUCUAGAUCUCUGUUAUUCUUGUGAUUGCUAUAAGAAGCAAUGGGAUUCUGUUUUUUAUGACAUUACCAUGUAUUUUAAAUUUUAGGAAAAUUUUACAUAUAUAUAUAUAUAUAUAUAUAUUGUAUGUAAAAAUUCUUUAUUAAACUUUUAUUUUCUUUAAUAUACAUCCAGAUAAUUAAGACGAAAUAUUUAAAUAUAUUUCAACUAUCGUACGUUUUCAUUCUGAUCAGAUAAAUAAAAGAUAAUAGAAUAAAAUAUAUGAGAAUCUGUUAAAUGACCACAUUAGUCUGUGAUGAUGAGAAUUAUUAUGAGUAAUAUUAGACUUCGAAAAACAGUUUAUAAUCAAUAUUCGUAUUAAUGAGGUAAAGGGGACCCUUGAUUUUGUGUUGCUCAGUGAAUAUUAUUUAAAAGGUAAAAUUAUAGGGACUGUGCAAAUUACAAUAUUGCAUGGUAGAAGAAAAUAAACUUUAUCGCAAGAACUUGCAGAUAUUUGCAGUCAUCCUUAUUGAAGAGAAUCUACAAAAAAAAAAAAAGAUUUAAAUUGUUAAUAAUUAUUAUUUUGAACUGAAUAGUUUGCACAAGAAAAAAAAUCGCAUUUAAAACCUAAGCCUCGUAACAACAAAAUAGCACAAUAAUAAGUUAUAAUAAUAAAGUCAAAAAAAAAAAGAAAAAAGAAAACACUAUAAUGAUUUUAACGCUGUCAACGAAAUACGGCGUACUGGGGCCAUAGGUGAUGUCAACGUCUAACAAAAAAGUAUAUUUGGAUUAUUUUAAAUUCAUAAUUCUAUUUAAAAUGUCACUAACUAAGUGUUCACGCCAAUCGGUAGAUAAACGAUGGAAACGAUAAUUAAAUUAAUUAAUUAACCACAAUCAGUAGGCAUCAAAGUGUCUACGAUUUUUAUUCAAGCUUUAUAUUUCAUAAAAUAUAAAUUUAUAUGCUUUUGUUAAAAUAUAUUGUUUUAUAAUAAGUAUAUCUAUUACAGCGCAGAUACGUUGCAAAGUUAAAUAAUACUGAAUAAAUUAAGUGUUAAUUAUUGCAACUUAAUUUUCGUGUUAAGUGUAUUGUGUAGUUUUACUCUAUAUGAAAUCAUUCAAAUUAAUUAGAACCAUCAAGAAAUAUUUUGGUGCUAUCGCUUGCCACACAUUACACAGCCAGACAUGUACGCGAAAAUGGAAACUAACAAAGUACAUAAUGCAUUGUACAUUGUAGAAUGUAGCCUAUAGCCUGCUGGAGCCUUAAUCUGUUCAUUUUAUGUUGAGGGGGUAUUAUGUACAUAUGUUAUUUGAAUGAAUGAAUGCGACGAAGCACAUCACAAUUUGACUUGUCACACACAAGGAUUCGAAACAUGUGUGUAAUGGUCUUCAAAUUUUGUAAGUUACAUCGUAAUUCGGAAAACUUAAUUUAAUUGAGAUAUCUCUUUUGGAACUAUUUUACUCAUAAAUGUUUAAAAAGAAGAAUUAUACUAAUAUAUCCAACUGCAGCGACUUUCAUCGAAGUAUUCAUAAAGUACUGCGGUACAAUAAUGAAAUGAGAAAAGAGAAAUAGUUUACUAUUAUUGCUAUUGCAAUAAAAAAGAAUAAAAAAGAAAAAUACAUGUAAAUAAGAUCUACAUGCUAUUCCCACGUGUUAAUUUGUAUUACGUAUGUAAAUUACAAAUGAAGUGUUGAAGUUUCGAAUCUUCUCAAACUUUACAGAAAAUAGUUGCCUAUAAUAAACAAAAUUAGGUAUUACCUACAAUCGAGUGUAUCGUAAAAAUAAGAAACGCAUGUCCUUAUGUAAAAAUUUAAACACAGAAUACAUUUAUCGUUUAAAUUAUGUAUUAUUAAAUGUUAUGAUUGAUUGAAUAAAGUGACAUGACACUUUAUACUUUGGCUCUGUACUUACAAACAUUAUUCUUUCAUUUAAUGUUGCAUUUUAUAUCAAUGUUAAUUUCGAUGCAAUAAAUGAAUUA